AUGGAGACGGCAAACAACACCAUCGACCCCUCCAUUGACUGCCGCACAGAUUUUUUCGUCCACGGCUGCAGCUACGAGAUGGUUGGCUCGAGCGACCUGCGGUAUUCGUAUCAGCCGCGCACACUCAACGACGCCGAGUUCAAGGUGGAGCAAGUGCGCACGUUCAACAACGGACGGCAGCGGCAAAUCCUCAACCGCCACGGCGCGCGCCUCAUCUUCGUGCAGACCGGCGAGCUGGGCCAGUUUGACUUUCUCACGCUCAUGACGACGAUUGUGACGGGUCUUGCGCUGCUUGCGGUGGCCACGACCAUCACCAACUUCAUCAUGACGCGGCUGCUCGCCUUCAAGGACCUCUACCGUGCGCACAAGUAUGAGGUCACCGAGGACUUUAGCGUCUGGCGCGGGAUGGAGAAGGACGAGCGGAGCCGUCGGCUGGUGAUUGCACGCGAUCUGGCCACCAACGGUGCAGAGGCCGAGGAUAGGUGCGGUGUCACUGUGGCCGAGCCCGCCUUCCUGCAGGACCUCGACGACUCCGAAGUGUGAUGGCACCAGUGUGCUGUUUCACCACCAUCUCCUCCCCCGCCCCCAAUCCAACACUGCGUAUGUAGCCUGUUAUCAUUCUUUCAUUUUGGUUUCUGUCCUUCCCCCCCCCCCAGUGCACAUUUGUGUUCGUAGCCGCAUCCGUGUCACAUCUUCAUGUUCAUGUGAGGCAUGAGCCAUGGUGUUUGCGGUUUUUGUUGUCAUCAUGUGUCUGACAUGAAUUCCCUGCAUGCGCCAAGUGUUCUUCUGUGUGUUUACAACCCAUCCGUUCUUGUCAUUAGCUGCUGCUGCUGCUUUUGGUUCUUUCGUUGUCACAAGUUGAGCCUUUCAUGUCCAUCAUAGGCGCAUCAAACGACUUCAACCCCAAGCCCGCCCCCCCCCCCUUCGCUUUUUUUUUCUUCGCCGAGUCAUGCACACACGUGCCAACGCUUUUCAUGCAUAAACAACUC